UAGCAUUGCUGAAGAAAAGAAAAAACUUGGCAACGACGAUUACAAGGCACAAAACUAUCAAUCAGCUUUGAAAUUCUAUUCCGAUGCCAUUUCACUAUGUCCCGACUGUCCAACAUAUUAUGCCAAUCGUUCGGCAUGCUACAUGAUGCUGUCGAAUUAUACGAAUGCCCUGAACGAUGCACGGACAGCGGCACGUUUAGAUCCGGCAUUCGAAAAGGCCUAUGUGCGUAUUGCGAAAUGUUGUGUUGCAAAGGGUGAUAUUAUCGGUGCUGAACAGGCUAUUAAGAAAAUCGAAGAACUGGAUCCACAGAGCAAUUCGGUGAAUGCGGAAAAACAGGCCACACAACAGCUCCGGCAAUUGGAACAGACCGUACAAUCGAAUUAUGACGCCAAAGCCUAUCGCAAUGUAGUUUUCUAUUUGGAUUCGGCCAUUAAAUUGGCACCAGCCUGUUACAGAUACCGCUUGCUCAAAGGUGAAUGUUUGGCAUUGUUGGGCCGCUGCGAUGAAGCCGUUGAUAUUGCCAUUAGUGUCAUGAAACUGGACAGUACCUCGGCUGAUGCCAUUUAUGUACGCGGUCUCUGCUUCUACUAUACGGAUAAUCUGGAAAAGGGUAUCAAACAUUUCGAAUUGGCCUUGCAACUCGAUCCGGAUCACAAAAAAGCCAAAGAAAUGCGCACCAAAAGUAAAACCCUUAAAGAUAUGAAAGAAAACGGCAAUGUCCUCUUCAAAACGGGACGUUAUCGUGAAGCUCAAUCCGUUUACACCGAAGCCUUAAAAAUCGAUGAACUGAACAAGGAUAUUAAUUCGAAACUUUUAUAUAAUCGUGCUUUAGUCCAUUCCAAAUUGAAUAAUUUACGUGAUGCGGUAGCGGAUUGCACCCGCGUCCUCGAGAUCAAUGAUAAAUAUUUGAAGGCAUUGCUGUUGCGUGCCCGCUGCUACAAUGAUCUGGAAAAAUUCGAAGAGUGUGUCAAUGAUUAUGAGGCUGCUGUACAGCUACAGAAAACACCAGAAAUUAAGAAACUUUUACGUGAUGCUAAAUUUGCAUUGAAAAAAUCAAAACGUAAGGAUUACUAUAAGAUAUUGGGUGUAUCACGUAAUGCCGGCGAAGAUGAAAUUAAGAAGGCAUACCGUAAGAAAGCUUUGGUCCAUCAUCCAGAUCGUCAUGCGAACAGUUCACCGGAAGAGCGUAAAGAGCAAGAAUUGAAAUUUAAGGAAAUUGGUGAAGCCUAUGCGAUUCUAUCGGAUCCUAGGAAAAAGAUGCGUUACGAUAGUGGUCAAGAUAUGGAGGAACAUGAUCAAGCUGACAUUGAUCCAUCACAUGUAUUCCGGCACUUCUUCCAAUUCGGUGGUGGCCCAGCUGGUCAAUCAUCGUUUAAUUUUGAAUUUUAAAAGCGGAUGAAAAAACUCAAACGAAGAAUGUUGCGUUUUUUGUAA